ACAAGACUUUCAAAUGAGUAUCAAUAAGCUUCACUUCAGUGAUACUGACCUGGCUGGCAACCACAGCAGAGUGACAUCUACAGUUGUAUCAAGUAAACAUCAACAUGAAAGUUGCGGUGAUUGGAGCAGGGAACAGUGGUCUGACAUCCAUUAAAUGCUGCCUAGAUGAAGGAUUGGAGCCUGUUUGUUUUGAGAGGACUGACGAUGUUGGUGGCCUUUGGAAUUACAAACCAGAGGUGCAGGAUGGUAGAGCCAGCAUUUAUGAGUCUGUUGUUACCAACACCAGUAAAGAGAUGAUGUGUUACAGUGAUUUUCCCUUCCCAGAAGAUUGUCCCAACUUUCUGCACAACACCAAGAUGGUGGAAUACUACAGGCAAUAUGCUGAGAGGUUUGGCCUGCUGAAAUACAUCCAGUUUAAGACAUUGGUUUGCAGUGUGAAAAAACAUCCCAAUUUUCCUAUGACUGGCCAGUGGGAAGUCACCACAGAAAAAGAUGGAAAGAAACAGACUAGCAUUUUUGAUGCUGUUAUUGUCUGCAGUGGACACCAUACAGACCCACACUGUCCACUGGAAAGUUUUCCUGGAAUAAGCAAAUUUAAAGGACAAUACUUCCACAGUAAAGAGUAUAAAACCAGCAAAGGAUUUAAAGGAAAACGGGUUCUUGUUGUAGGAAUGGGAAAUUCAGGAACAGAUCUAGCUGUGGAGCUGAGUCGUACUGCAUCUCAGGUAUAUCUUAGCACCCGGAGAGGCUGCUGGGUUAUGAGCCGAGUAUUUGAUCAGGGUUUUCCAUGGGAUAUCUGUUUUGACACACGGUUUCAAAAUCUGCUGAGGAACACACUGCCAACCUCUAUUAUUACAUGGAUGACUGAGAAGAAAAUGAAUGAAUGGUUUGACCAUGCUCACUAUGGUCUUCAGCCUAGAGACAGUACUCAGUUUAAAGAACCGUUGUUUAAUGAUGAACUACCAAGUCGUAUCAUCUGUGGAUACAUUGUGGUGAAGCCCAAUGUGGCGGAGUUCACAGAAACAUCUGUGAAGUUUGAUGAUGGGAGCAUUGAGGAAAACAUUGAUGUUGUUGUGUUUGCUACGGGAUAUCAGUACUCAUUUCCAUUCAUCGAUAAAUCCAUAAUAAAGAUUGAAAACAAAAUAAAUCUGUACAAAAGUGUCUUCCCUAAAAACUUGGAAAAGGCCACGCUGGGUGUUAUUGGUCUUAUUCAGCCACUUGGUCCAAUCAUGGCAGCUUCAGAAAUACAAGCUCGAUGGAUAGCAAGAGUCUUUAAAGGUUUGUGUAAACUGCCAUCACAGGACAGGAUUCAAAAGGACAUUGACCUAAAAAAGAAAAUUUUGUUACAAAGAUUUGGUAAAGAGUACAGUCUUCAGCUGGAUUACAUUGAAUAUCUGGAUGAGAUAGCCACAGAAAUAGGUUGUAAGCCUAAUAUUCUAGGACUGCUUGUGACAGAUCCUGUUCUAGCUUUAAAAGUAGUCUUUGGACCAUGCACACCAGCACAGUACCGCUUGAGAGGUCCAGGACAAUGGCCAAUGGCCAGGAAGCAAAUUAUGACUACAUUUGAUCGGAUACUGAAACCUACUAAGACCCGCGUGGUUCGGGCCCAUGAAGAGAAAUCAUCGUCAAUAGUUUAUGUAAUGGGGGCACUAUGCAUUCUUGCUCUGCUGUUCGCUUUGGUUAUGUACAGAGAAUGAAAUAGAAACAUAGUGAAAGAUGCAACCUAAAUGGUUUAAUCAUGGAUGAUUACC